CUUUGCUCGACUGUAGUAUAGGCGCUCGUCCGGACUCGAAAACAAUGGCCACCAAUACUACUUGUGCGCCCGUCGAUGCUGACAUUGCUGCACUGUUGGGUCCGCCGCUCAUCGGUUCCUUCGUCGGGUGGGGACUGUUUGGGAUCUCCGUCAUGCAGACGUAUUUUUAUUAUCUGUCUUUCCCCGAAGACCCAAGCCUGCUCAAAACAUAUGUAUACGGCAUGUUCACCCUCGAGCUGUUCCACACCAUCAUCAUCUCUGUUGGGACAUGGGACUCUGUGAUCCAAGGCUGGGGUAACUUGGAGUUCAUCAUCUUCGGCGGAUGGACGUAUGCGUCCAUUCCUGUGAUUUCUGGAAUCGCGGGAGCGUUCGCGCAAGCGUUUUUCGCUUGGAGGAUCUACGUCCUCGGGCGGAGGAGUCGGACAUGGCUGGUGGUUGUCGCAUCGAUCAUGGUGCUCUCGGUCACGCAGAUGUCAGGAGGUAUCGCUGCAGGCGUCGUGCUGGCACAACGCAACGAUCAGGUAUCGGAGAAGGAGAGGCUGAUAUUGGCGAACCUAUGGCUUGCGGGGAGUGCGGCGUGCGAUAUUCUGAUCGCGUUAUCUCUCACCUUCCUCCUAUGGCGCGCACGUCAAAAGUCCAGAGAAGCGGGCGUCGUCGCAAGCCGGAGCGAUGUCAUCCUGACACGGCUGAUCACCAUGACCGCAGAGACUGGUGCGACUACGGCGAUCAUCCAGGUGGUCGACCUGAUCCUCUUCUUGGCCUUUCCUGAUGCGAACUAUCACGAAGCGACUGCGUACAUCCUGAGCAAGCUUUAUUACAACUCCCUCAUAGCCUCCCUCAACUCCCGAGCCUCGAUCUUCCGCCCAGAGCCGAGCGCCUAUUCCACUGUCUCAGGGAUGGUCUACACCCAACAGAGUUCGAGCCAAAACGGCAUGCGGGUUCGUAGAGCCACCGGACAGUCAGGCGUUCCGGGGCCUGUCGUUCAUGUUACGACGUAUACUGAGGAUGAUCGCUCUAGGAUGGCGGACGACGGCGAUAGGAAGCGUGGGGUGAGUGGCUCGCCGUUCAGUGAUGUUGAUGGGUAGUGUUGACGAUACGGUGUAGGAGAUUUUUGACGAGGAGGGGUCGAUACCGAUGAAUAAGCUUGGGGCAUAGGAUUCGGAUGGCUCUCAUUUUUGUGUGUAGGAUCAGGGUUUUUAUUACUUUCUUCUUCUUCUCUCUUGUUGUUGUUGUUGUUGUACGACGGACUAAAUUAUACGGUGCCACCUCUGCUUCAUUAUCCACGGCUCCUCGACGCCUCCAUUUGUCAUUACUUUCGUAUGUAUAACAUACACGCCCUUCACACGCGAAACCCGAGAUCCUAUACGUCUGCGAUCAUUUACAUCCUGCAUAUGUACGCCGAUCGAUUAUGGGCGAAUCGAUGCUUGAUAUUCAC